AGCUGAGCGGAGUCUGGGAGAGAGGAUCCAGCAACUCCUCUGCCAACUCCAAGUGACUCCAAGAGCACAUCGUAUCAGAUUAGGAAAGCGAAACUCAACCUCUCCAAGAUGGCAGAAACCACGCCAAAAACGAACCAAAACAGUGCUCUAGUGCGCAAAGCGCUCAAGAGUGGUGUGAACAACGCGUUAAAGGAUGACUUGCCGAGAGUUCAGAAGACGCCGGCUGCCUCGAUCGUUGCCUCGGCAAACCACAAAUGAAACAACAGCAACAACAACAAAAACACAGAAAAGCAAAUACUGCCCUCCAUCCGCGUUUUCUAGUAGUGUUUGGCGUAUCUCUAAAGUAGUCUAAACAAAGCAUAGUGCCCGUAGUGUAGCGCGUUGCUCGUAACGCGUGUGGCAUAACGCGGCAUGCAGAUGAUGGAGCUGCUGGAAAGGAAAGGCAACCUUUCCAGCCACGCUGUUUGGAGCCGCCGGGGACAAAACAAAACUUGUAGCUUGUAACUUCUGUACGUGUAGUAGUGUUACAUUUUAGCUGUGGAUCAGUAGCGCAAUCUUAGUAGCGUAACACCUGUGACAAAACACUGGAGCUGUACGAAAAACCAAAGAUUAAGAUGGGGGAAAAAAACCUUACUGCUUGUACAUAGUACACAAUUACACCAUUACAUCACAUUCACUUGCAUCGUAGGGCAGAAACCAAUACAAAAAAGAAGCUGCAAAACUCAUUACGAAACAGUAUAUAGCGGAUAACAGCAUAACAAAAAGAAGAGAGAGAGAGAAAACGAGAUAGAAAGAGAGAAACGUAACGUUACCUACACUGUAACCAAUGCACUGAAUGUUUAAAAGGUUCUCUUUUUACUGAUUUAAAACAACAAAACACUCAAACCAGCUUUUAAUAGCACUAGAAAUAAUACGGUGUGGAUUGAAUCGAACUGCUGGGUACGGAGGGUCAUACGUUACACGCCCGUGUUGUGUACAGCGUAAAAGGCGGCUUUCUUUUAUGCCUGCAAUACCAAAACAAAACAAAAAUUCCAACAUGCAGAGCAUUGAAGAUGACGCUAAGCAGCCGAGUUCCGUGUGACCUUUGCAACUACUGCUCUGAGAUAGCAGAGGUCAGAGGUCACAACUGCUUCCCGCCGCAAAGCCAUGCGCAAUAUACACAAACACACACACACACAGAUGGUAACUCACUCUGAGUGGACUCAUUCGCACUCACCACCGCCAGUACCGCCGCAUGAAACUCUACAAUUACAGGAUACUGUGAACUUGAUACAAUCUACAACACAAAGCAACCAAAUACCAAAAAUCACGAGUGAUCGACCGGUUCCAUCCAGAGCGUUUCCUACUUCUCGCUCCUUGCCCCGGAGCGCUUGUGCAUCUUUUGCGGGGCGGGAGAGAAUAUUUUCUAGCCCCGUGUUGGCCUGUGUGCCCAAUCGUUCCGUUUUUGAGGUUCCGUUUUUUUUAUAUACCAAAGAAGAAGGGAAAGAAGUUAAGCUCUCACAGUCAUUGAGCAUAUAUAAAGUUUUGAGUUCCAAAGCAAGGAGCAAAGCGUUUUUUUUUUAAUUCUUCUGAGUGGCAACCGCUCAGCUUUAUUGCUCCGGGGGUUUUUUUGUAACCUUUUCCAAGCAAAAUCCGGCGCUAUAUUCUGGGAGGCGCACGCGUUCCUAACGUACGAGUGAACUACAAACAAUCGAAUUCUCGGCACUGACGACAAUUUAGGCUAACACACCACCUCUUCAACCAUCGUAUACUACUAUUAUUACUACUACUGCUGCAACUACUACUACUACUAAUAAUAAUAAUACUACUACUAAACCCCCUCAAGGCGAACAAUAUUUUCGAUUACAUAGACAAUCAAGUGACUUCUUGUUUGACGGGAAAACUGAAGCCUAAUCCUUAUCCGCCAGGCCAGGCCGCAAAUAACUGUAAAAUACUGUCACACUCUCUCUCUCUCUCUCUCUCUCGGGUUCUAAGGAACACACUUUCCCAACUUCGAUUUGUUGUACAUGCGUACAAGCCAUACUCAGCCGCAUCGCUAUCCUUCCCCUGGUCGGGUUCGAAUCCCUGAUGCGGCUGUGUUUUUCUAUGUAACUCUAACACAAUCCAAACCAGAAUACACACUUGCGGCUACCACAAUGUCUACAGGAAACGUCGAUAAAUAAUUCUCUACCCAAUAUAGCUUACCGUACCGAAAGCAAUACAAUCUUGUCACUAACUAUACAUCCAUAUUUUCAUAGCAUUCACCGAAAAGGAAGAAGAAAGAAACAAAAAAACUUAAGGCACAAUGUAAGCACAAACACAUCCGUCAGCACGACGAAAUUAACAUAACGAAAAGUCCGAGGUAUUCGUACUUACCUUACCCUACCCUUUCCUUCCUCUAUGUGUCCGAUAAUGAAGAUGCUGGUGCUUGGGGGGGGGGGGCGAAGGCAAAACCAUUGCUGCUGCAUUAGGGUGUGCCACGCUAGUAGUAGUGUACUGUGCUUUUUGCCUAAAAAUACAACGCAUCGUUAGGAUUUCGCGUUUGUGCGCGAUUUGAGCCGGCGGAACCGGCCGCGUAAACAGGCCAGCAAUGCGUCGCUAUUUUACAUACAUUAAUGUACUUAACACCGUAAACGCUGUGCUGUGCUGUGUGCGUUUUGCAACAGCCAACGCCAAAGCUAAACCUAAAUCAAACACCUACAUCGGGAAUACUAAUAUGAUAAACAAACAAACAAACAAACGAAGAGAGAAGAUAUUCGUAACAGACAAUUAUAGAGAUAAAAAGAGAGAUAGAGAGAGAGAGAGACAGAACGCGCAAAGGAACCGUGAAGGAGAAAGAGAGAGAGAGAAAGAGAGAGAGAGAGAGAAAGAGAGAAAGAGAGAGAGAGAGAGAGAGAAGAGGAGUAUACAUUUGUGCUAAUAACAGUUGCAUCCAAAACACGUUCUAACUAACGCUCCAAAACGAUAACACAACACGUGCUGCAUUGCUGCUUGCCUACAUUAGCAUUAUAACAGUCCAUUAAAGAAUACAAGCAAAACAAGCAAAUUGCAUAAACUUAAGCUGAGCAAAAUCACAUCGAAAGUGGAUAGAUGAAGCAAAAGUAAGAAGAAAAAAAACUACAAUCACACAUACACAUACAUACACAUUUUUGCAAACAAAGGAAUGUUGCAUACCGAAAGAAGGCUAAGCAAUGGGCAAAGGCUACCAGAAAGCACAAGGAAAGAAUACAAGGAAGGGUAGCGUGAAGGGGUAGUGUAGGACUGCUUCUCGUGUGCGUUUGUUAGUGCAUGGUACGACCAAUAGAUGGCGCUAAGCGUUGCGUUGAUCGAUUGAAACCCCCCCUGUCCGCUACUAAUCCGAGCACUCAAACAUCGAAUACAUCGAUUACCAUGACACCCCUGGUACGGAUUAGCGCCAUCUAUACGAUAAAACGGAGGUACUGACACACUAGCCGAGCGGUGGAAACAGUCUUCGGAGCACGUGUUCGAGGCAGGGAAUAGACGGCAUGGUGGAAAGCUUAGUCUCAAGUUGCAUAGCUGGCACUCUAUACACUAUCGAGCCGCAAAAAGCAAAAACAAAAUAACACAGAAAAAUACACAAAACGUAAUUAUUAUAAAUAAGGGAAUGGCUUAUAUCUGUGAUUUAAAUAAAACAACACAAAAAGAACAACUACAUACUCACAUACACACAUACAUACAAAGAAGUAAACCUUUAAAGUUUAAACAAGACGCUGGAUGAAACUAUGAUGAAACGAAAGGAAAGGAUGGAUUAUAUAUAAAGCAAACAAGUAACAUAAUAUAAGCAACGGUGCACAUAGUAUGCCGAACGAAAAGGAAACGAAAUGAAUGGAAAAAAAACGUGAGCGAGAAAGAGGAGAAAGGAAUUGUGUAUGAGUAUGCGUGUGUGUGUGUGUGAGAGAGAGAGAGAGAGAGAGAGAGAGAGAGAGAGAGAGUGUACAAUAACUCGAGGAAUAUAAAAUACAAACUAGCAAAUGAUAUUUAACAAGUGAGGAAUUAAGCGAGCAAAAGAGAGCAAGAGAUAGCAAGAAGAGAGAAAGAAAGAGAAAGAAAGAAAGAAGGAAAGAUAAAGAGAGAGAGAGAGAAUGAAGAUAGAUUGAGCGAGAAUGUGUGAGAGAUGUUACAAAACAAAAAAGAAAAUAAGUUUAAGAGGAUAAGUAAAGUGGACGUAAUACGUUAACAUUGAAUUAUUGAAGAAAACAAAAAACAUUGAAACGUGCUUUUUAAAUAUUUUCUAUAUGAAGACAUUACAUUAUAUAGAUAUAUAUACAUAUAUACAAUUACCGAAACGACAAAGGAGGAAACCGGCGAGAAGAAGAGGGAAAAAAAGGAAAUCACAAUACACUCACAAAACAAAACGCAAAAGAAACCAUAAUAUGAUAUAAAGGAACCACAUUCGUAGCACAAAUACACAGCAAUCGCAUAAUGGUUGGAUCGGAAGGAAACAAGAAAGUAAAACAAAGAAACAAAACCAAAAGGAAACAAACACAAACAGCAUAAAACAAGACGCGAAAGUAGUCAGCGACAAUGCGGUGAAACAAAAACAAAUCAAAACACACACAACAAACGGACGACAGCCGGAAGACAAGAGCAAACGUAGUAGGCGCAAACGUUGCCGUUGCGUUAGCGUUGCAGAAUGCAAACAAACAAAACAAGCAGAAACAACCGGAAGACGACGCAGUGUUAGCGAAAUAGAUAAAUAAUAAAAAUGUUACAUUAAAUUAUACUCUUAUACAUACGUAUAGAUAUAUAUACAUAGAGAACGUUAAUCUGUAAGAAAAACAAACCCGUGUACAAUGCUAAGUCUCUAUUCGUUACGACUAGAAUGUUAGGAUCAUGCACAUCCAGUACGAUCAUCCCCGCGGAUCGAAGCGCGAAACAGCAGUACGGCGGCCAUUACCAUUACCUACACUCUCGCGUUUCUAAAGCAAAAAGGCUCAGUUUCUGUAAUGUUACUCCUGUCACGAAAACACUCACACACACACAGCUAGGCAAAUCUAGGUACAGUAACGACCACUUCUCCCUACUAUCGUACAAUGUCGUUUCCUUCUCUGCCUCACCAGUUUAUCCAGCUAGAAUCAUGCGCCGAACGCUGCUAGUAACUUUCAACACGGAACACGAAAAGAAUAGUGGUGCUGUGUGGUGGUGUACUGUGCAUCAUUAACUUUAGUUUACCUGUUUCAGUUAUCUUCGCGCUUUCUCCGCACCAACCAAGCGCGCCACAAUACGGUGAAGAAGUAAUUUUUCUAGUCCUGUCUCUAGUCAAUUUUAAGGUGACAGUUAAAGCACGUGAUGUUAUGUAUGUAAACUUGUAAAUCUUUGUUUCGUUGUUUUGUUUUUGGGUUUAGGUUAAGCUAAAACGAGAGAAAGAGAGCGAGGCAUGGGAAAAGGCGUUACUUAGUUGUACGGUUUCGGUUUUAGUUUUUCGGCAUAUAAAACUAUACGCAUAUGAGAUUUGGGAUCUACAUUUGAGACCAUAAUAAAAAAUUAUUAUUUACUGUAAAAUAAAAAA